AUGUCAGUCCCAGAUGGCAACCCAGCAGAUCACAGAGGGAAUGCAGCGUAUCCUUCCUCUGGCCGUUUGUGCUGUGCAGGGAAUUCUCCAGCACCAAAAGAAACCCUUUUUCCGCUACACUUUCCCCCGGUCAGAUUCUCUUCCUGGGAAGAAAGAGGAAGCUCACAAUAUCCUGAAUGUAGUAACUCAGAGCAUGCCAGUCAGUUCAGCAGGAAAAAUGGUGAAGCGGUGCCUGAAAAGCUUGUGAUGGGGCCAUUAAAUGUUCCCGAAGAAGGGCCAUUGCAGGAAGGACUCCAAAGUGCAGCUCUGGGUAGCGAAGGUGAUAGGAAACAAAACCAUGCAGCACAUGGCUUCGGAAGGAUACCAUGCUUGGGAAACAGGUUACCGCAGUAUUUGGCCAGCACUGUAGCACCACCUGGUGACAAGACACGAGAACAAAUAAUGCCCCCUAGAAAAGCAAACACUUUGCUUUGGAAACCAAGGCACUGCUAA